GAAGAGCGCACGCGCGAAAGUGGUAUAGUUACUGUCUCUACUAUUUUCGCUUGAUUUUUUUCUCCGUGUAUGAAGUGAUAGUUUUUGGCAAUUAUCUAUUUUGGUCAAUUUCUUCCAAUUUUCGUUUCAUUUAAAUAAAUUCCAGAUGAACUUUUAUGUUUAAUAAGGAACAAACGUUCGAAAAAUUUUUAGAAGGAAUCAUACCUAGGGCGAUUUUCGCUCGAAGGAUUAAGUGCAGUAUGCUUAAAUUGAGAAUAGUAUGGCUGCAGGAGAGGCCAACGUUACAAAGCCUCGUCAAGAAAAGCAGUACGAUUAUCUGCUAAAAUUUCUUCUUGUUGGCGAUAGUGACGUAGGAAAAUCAGAAAUUCUCAGUGGUCUUAAUUCGGAAGAAUCUCCAUUUUGUAGUGGCAGUGCCUACAAAACAACAACAAUUUUAUUAGACGGAAAAAGAGUGAAAUUACAAUUAUGGGAUACUUCUGGUCAAGGAAGAUUUUGUACGAUUAUACGAUCGUAUUCACGUGGAGCUCAGGGGAUAUUAUUAGUUUAUGACAUUACUAACAAGUGGUCCUUCGAUGGAAUAGAUAGAUGGCUCAAGGAAGUAGAAGAGCAUGCACCUGGUGUUCCAAAGGUAUUGGUUGGCAAUCGUCUUCAUUUGGCUUUCAAAAGACAAGUGUGUGAACGAGAUGCAGAAACGUAUGCAGCUAAAAAUCGCAUGGCCUUUUUUGAAGUUUCGCCGCUUUGUGAUUUUAAUAUAAAAGAGAGUUUUUCCGAAUUAUCACGAAUGGCUCUUCAUCGUAAUGGUAUGGAGAGACUAUGGAGAUCUAAUAAAGUUCUUAGUCUUCAAGAGCUUGCCUGCAGAGCUAUUGUUGCUCGAACAACAGUUUAUGGCAUUGAACAACUCCCUUUACCAACAUCAAUUAAAUCACAUUUGAAAUCUUAUGCCAUGACAACAACAACAACAACUCAGCUUCGAUAUAAUAUCAAUCGGCCCUUAUGUCCUCGCGCCAGUUUAAGUUCAUAUCAUCGAAAACUUCGAUUUGUAAAAACAAAUCAUCACAAUGGUUUAUCAACUCCAGGUAGUUCGCCCGGUAGUGUUACUGAUUCACGAACAAAUUGCGUGGGUCGCAAUUCAUGCGCAAUAUCCUGAGGCUGCAGUUUUAAAUUGACUUAUUUCUAUAAAAAAAAAAAAAAAAAAGAAAAAAAAACUCGAGUAUCCGAAAUUUUCUCUAAAACAAUGUUUAUCUUACAAGAAUACGAUAUUUUAGUAAUUAAAAACUAAGGCGAUAAAAUAUCCGCCAUUGACGCAAUGUCUCAUAAUUUAGUGUUUACACUAUGGCAAUUUAGUACAUUGACACCUAAUGAAAAUAAUCUGAGAAGCGAAAUUUUAAUUGACUCGCAAUAUAAUAUACUAAAUAGCUGUAGUGUACGUUAAUAAUUUUUUUUCAGGUAAGUAAUAAAAAAACAAUUUUUACAAUAAUAAAUUAUUUUAAUAACUUAAAUUCCCAAAAUGUCAUGUUCUUACAACGUUUUCCCCCCUAAUUAUGAAAGAGAAACGUACAUCAUUUUUUAAUUAUCAAUAAUUGAAUCGUUUAUUGGAUCAUAAAAUAGUAAAAUUAUUAAAAAUUCGUUUCGCUAUUUGUGCUUCUACAUAAAUAUGCGCUCAACCUUAACAACAUAAUAUAUCAAAAGUUAUUUAUAUUAUUUUUUUACGUUUUAAAAAAAGGCAAAGGAAAAUAAAAAAAGAAGAUAAGUGCAAUCUUUUACUCAACCGUCCUAAUUACUUUUAAAAUAGUUAAUAAAUCAGUUUUCUUGAAACCUUAUAAAAUUGCCUAUAGUAUUUGUAGAUUCCAAAAAUGAAUGAAAAUAAUUUUUUUCAAAUGACAUUGUUAGUAGUGACUUUAGUGAAAGUUCAAAUUUAACAAAAAAAAAACAUAUUGAUGUAAUCUUCUGUUCUAAUUAAUAUAUAAAUAUUAUAUAAGAGGAGCUCGAACGAAACCUAUUUUUGUAUAUCUUGUAAAAAGUAUCUUAAUUAUUUAAUAUCUGAACAACAUAAUUCAGCCUUCUCAAUGUAAACAUUUAAAAAAAAAAUUUCUUUAAAAAUCUUUAUUGUUUUCUUAUUGAUAUAAAUAACAAAAAUCAAAAAUAAUUUUAUUUUCGAAAAUAAUGUACGAGGGAAGGCUGAUGUCUCUAAAAAUAAAUAAAAAAAAAAUGUGUUAAAUUACAAACAUAUUUUACAUAUUUACGCAAUAAGUGGAAAAAGAUCUGUAUCACAACAUUAAUUUAUUUACUAUAAUAAUAAUAAAAAUAAUAAUGACUAACAAAAUUCA